AUGGCAGAAGGAGUUGAGAAUGGACGGGAUAGAAUGCCCACUGAGAAGGGUUUGCAGUAUAAAGCAGACGUCACAGUCAAGACAUGGAGAGAUGCCAUUCGACUUUGGAGGAGAAGGGCAAAUAAGCAUCGCCAGCUUAUAGUUGAAGACGAUGUCAACACUGUGAUGAUUAAAGAAUCCCGUAAUCAAGUACAGGAAGCCAUGGACAAGGCGAUUUCUUCUCAAGAAGUACUUGCAGAUAUAGCUCCUUCAGCGGAUCUUGAUGAUGGUGAAGAUCUACUUGAAACUAUUGAAGAUGAACAUUCUUCUUUAAUGAGAGAAACAAUGAAAGUAAUUCUCCGAUUGCAAGGUGGGACGAUUUCAUCUAAGUCAGGUUCCCGAUCAUCCAGAGGGAGAGUUCAAGACUGGGUUGAUCGUCAAGUGUCAGUUUCCCCUCGAGUUCAGAGUAUAGUUGAUAGAGGUAACAGUGCCCCUCCAGUGGAACCCACGAUUGAGAUGAACAACCCUGCUCCACCUUCGGAAAGCCCUGCAACUAAGAUUGGUCAUCUACAAGAACCAAAGUCCAGCAAUGAUGAUGUUCUCGCCAACAGUUUGAAAGAGUUGCUAUCCUUGAAUAGACUUCCUCUUCCAGAGCCUGGAAUUUUUUCAGGUAACCCUCUUGACUACACGGCAUGGAGGCGAAGCUACGACGCAUUAAUUGAACAUCGUGGAAUUCCUAUGGCAGAGAGGUUCUACUUUCUCUUGAAAUACCUGACGGGUGAGCCGAAAUCCUUGGUAGAAGGCUACUCUAUGAUCGGCGAUGGCAGAGGUUACCUUAAUGCAAAGGAAGCGUUGGAACAGAGAUAUGGGAAUCCAUUUGUAGUUUCAAAUGCCUACAGAGACAAGCUGGAUGCUUGGCCCAAGGUCGGAUCAAGAGACUCCUUUGGACUUAGGAGAUUCGGAGACUUCCUGAAACAAUGUGACGCAGCAUCCAAGUAUGUUCCGCACCUGAAUCAUCUUGAUGACGAACGGGAAAAUCAAAACCUACUGAGGAAACUCCCUGAAUGGCUAGUCGUUAAAUGGGGAAGGAAGGUUGUUCAGUGGAGACAGGAUUGGAAAACCUUUCCACCAUUUGCCAUCUUUACAGAGUUCAUUGACGAAGAGGCAACCGUUGCUUGUGAUCCCAUCACCUCUCUUCAGUCUCUGCAGACCUCAAAGGAAAGGAAGAAGUCAACUCCUUCUCGAUCUUUGCAGACUGGAACACACAAUCACAAAGAUGGCUCUGCUGAGAAGAAAUAUCUGUCAUGUGUCUUUUGCAAGGGUCAACACCAUAUUAGUGAAUGUUCCUCAUUCAAUUCAGAAACAAUGCAGAAGAAAAGACAGACUAUUAAGGACAAUGGUCUCUGCUUUGGUUGCUUGAGAAAGGGACACAUGUCAAAGAGAUGCAAGAAAAGAAAUACAUGCUCCGUAUGUAAAGGAAAGCAUCCAACUGCUCUACAUGAUGAUGAGUGGAAAGAGAAGCGACGGGAUGCUACUAACAGAGAGAGGAGCAGUAAGGAAACUCUGGAAUCAAAUUCUCAUGCUUCCCAGUCAGAUUCCAGUCAGUCUAUGAAGUCAUCGAUGAUUGUUCCGGUAUGGCUAUCACACGAGUCCAGUCGUAAGGAGAGACUAGUGUAUGCGCUGUUGGACACGCAAUCCGAUACGUCCUUCAUUCUCACACAAACCAAAGAAGCAAUGGGAAUCAAAGGCGUACAAAUACACUUAUUGCUUUCUACAAUGACGAGGACAAAUGAGAGAAUAGCUUGUGAGAAGGUGACUGGAUUGAAAGUGAAGGCUUACUACAACUCCGAGAAGGUAAUUAGCCUCCCUCCAAGCUAUACGAGAGACAUUAUCCCAGCAGAUCGACAUCAUAUUCCUACUCCUGACACAGCAAGAUCCUUCAAACACUUGUCUAGGAUUGCCAAUAUGAUUGCUCCUCUUCAGGAUGUUGAAAUUGGACUCUUGAUCGGCUACGACUGUGCCAAGGCUCUAGCUCCUCGUGCUGUCAUCCACUCUCCUGACGAAAGAGGACCCUAUGCAGUCCAGACAGACCUAGGAUGGAGCAUUGUUGGGACGGUGAACGCAGGUUAUGUUGAAAGUCACAAUGAUCCCAUUGGUGUGAGCCAUCGUACAACUGUACGGAUGGUGCCUGAGGAGGUACAGUUGAAAGGUCAUCGCUCAGAAGUGAUCUUCACGCAUCCAGCUACUACGAAGGAAGAGAUCACCCCUCUUCAUGUUGUCCAACUUCUCGAAGCUGACUUCACUCCUGAUAAGAAGCAGAAACCCUAUUCCCAGAAUGAUUUGAAGUUUGUUAAGCUAAUGGAGAAGGAGAUUCACGUUUCAGAGAGUGGACACUAUGAGAUGCCCCUUCCCUUCAAGGAGGAAGAGGUACCUGUACUGCCUAACAACAAGUUUGUUGCUGCCAAACGUUUGAACCACCUGAAGAAAAAGUUUGAAAAUGAUGCCACCUACUAUGACCAAUACCUACAACAGAUGAACAAUCUCCUUGAAAAGAAGUAUGCAGAGAAGGUGUCCGAACCAGGUGAACCAGGCAAGCUAUGGUAUAUUCCACAUCAUGGAGUACAGCAACCAAAGAAACUGAGGGUGGUGUUCGAUUGCAGUUCACAGUUCAAAGGAGAGUGUUUGAACUCUCAUCUUCUCACUGGCCCUGAUUUGACCAAUGCACUUGCUGGAGUACUGUGCAGAUUCAGAAAAGAGAAGGUAGCCUUCAUGUGUGACAUCAAAGAAAUGUUUCAUCAGUUUCAUGUCAACAAAGAGUACCGUGACUACCUGCGCUUCCUCUGGUGGCCAGACGGAGACUAUCGUCGAGAGCCUACUGACUUCAGAAUGAAUGUGCACCUCUUUGGAGCUGCCUCUUCGCCCGGGUGCGCAAAUUUUGGAUUGAAGCAGAUAGCAACCGACAUGGCAGAUGAAAUAAGUCAAGAUGCAGCCAAGUUCAUCCAACGAGACUUUUACGUCGAUGAUGGGCUUAAGGCAGUAGAAACAGAAGAAGAGGCCAUCGAUCUGAUCUCAAAGACCAAGAAGAUAUGUGGACAUGGUGGUCUUCAUGUUCACAAAGUUGUCUCCAACUCAAGGAAAGUGCUAGAUUCAGUUCCAAAGGAAGAUAGAGCUAAAGAAGUGAAAGAAUUGAAUCUUCUACUCGAUCACCUGCCUGUCGAAAAAGCUUUAGGCGUGCAAUGGUGUGUCGAAUCUGAUACUUUCCGCUUUAGGGUGACCUUCCAAGACAAGCCUUUGACUAGGAGAGGUGUGCUGUCAACCGUGAUGUCCGUGUACGACCCUCUUGGAUUGUUAGCCCCAUUGCUGCUUCCUGGUAAGAUAAUACUUCAGGAUCUAUGUAGAACUUCUGCCGCUUGGGACGACCCCCUUCCAGACCUACUUCAAGACAGGUGGAAUAAGUGGAAAACAGACAUUCUCCAACUCGAAAGGGUCUCCAUUGACAGGUGUUACAAGCCGGAAGACUUUGGGGAAGUCAAGAAUGUCGAGCUACACCACUUCUGUGAUGCGAGCAACCUUGGUUACGGUCAUUGUACUUACCUGAGAAUGAUUAAUGGAAGGGGAGAAGUACAUUGUACGCUUGUGUUGGGCAAAUCCAGAGUGUCACCAAUCAAGACAGUCACAGUACCAAGGCUGGAACUGACUGCAGCUGUUCUGUCAGUGAAGAUGAGCGCCUUUCUUCAAGCUGAGCUAGACCUCAAAAUUGAUAGGGAGGUCUUUUGGACUGAUAGCCGAGUGGUGCUAGGCUAUAUUAAGAACGAGACAAGGCGUUAUCAUGUCUUUGUUGCAAAUAGAGUCCGCCAAAUUAGAGAUGAAUCAUCACCCAAUCAAUGGAGGCACGUCAGCACUCAAGAUAAUCCAGCUGAUGCCCCAUCAAGAGGACUCACGGUCGAUCAGCUUGAAGCAUCAAAGUGGUUCAUGGGUCCAGACUUCAUUUGGGAAAGCGAAAUUCCGGAAGAAACUGAGGAAGAAGCUACAGUCAUUCCUAAAGAUCCUGAAGUGAAAAGCAACACCCAUGCCUCAGUAAAAGGGGUAGAUGAGCUCGAGUUAAAGCGAUUUGAUCAUCUCUCUAGUUGGUAUCGAGCGAAGAGAGCUGUGGCGAAUUGCCUCCGUCUCAAAUCAUACCUACAGAAAUGCUGCCAAGCAAGAGGAGAUGGGAAUGACAUCAAGAAAGUUGUGAUGGAACCUCUGACUACCGAACAACUUCUUCGUGCAGAGAAGGAAAUCAUAAGACUGAUUCAGAGGAGGACAUUUGAUGAAGCGAAAUCAUCAGAGAUCAGCAAGCCUCACAACGAAAGAGAAAGAAGGCGUCGUUGCAAGGAGACCAGUCGCUUGUGUCGUCUUGACCCAUUUAUAGAUGAUGAUGGCAUCCUUAGAGUUGGAGGACUGUCAUACUGA